CACAUCAAUGCUUUAGCCGGUUUAAUUAAAAAUUUUAAAGAAUAAAAAAAUUGUAGAAGAAAAAAGUUUUUUUUCUACAACAUUUCGUUUUUUUUUUUUUUAUAAUAUUACAAAAUUUAUAUAAAUUGAAUAAAAUUAGAAAUAAAAUUAUUCAUUUAAUUAAUAAAAUAAAAUUAAAAUAAUUGAAAUGCCGGAAAAUUCUUUAAAAUAUCAGCGAUAUGCAGCUGUUUGUGUAAAUAUAAUGUCAAUGGCUUAUGGUACUGUAGCCGGAUGGUCAUCACCUAGUUUCUUAAUAUUAGAAUCAGAUGAAAGUCCACUUGAAAGUGGACCAAUAACACCAGAUGAAACAUCAUGGAUUGGUUCAAUAUCAUGUAUUGGUGGUUUAAUUGGUAAUUUUUUAUUUGGUUGGUUAGCUGAUCGUUUUGGUAGAAAAGCAUCAAUGUUAAUGGUAUUAAUACCAAUUAUGACAAGCUGGAUCUUAAUUAUAAUUGGUACAAAUGUGACAUAUCUACUGUGGUCAAGAUUUUUGGGUGGAUUAGCUGGUGGAGGUGCUUAUGUAGUUGUUCCACUAUAUGUAACAGAAAUUGCAGAGGAUAGAGUUCGAGGAACACUUGGUUCAUAUCUAGUUUGUUCAGUAUUUUUAGGUGUACAAAUUUCAUUUAUACUUGGCUGGGCUGUUAGUUAUUAUUUAUUACCAUAUCUUUUAAUGAUUAUACCAAUUGUAUUCUUUGCACUUUUUGUAUUUUUACCCGAAACACCACAACAACUUUUAAAAUCACAAAAAGUUCAAGAAGCUGAAAAAGCUUUACGUUAUUUUAGAAAUUUAAGACGUAUGUCACAAGAUCUUCCAGAUCGUUUUAAAUAUGAAUUAGAGAAAUUAAAAGAUGAUUUUUUACAAGAGAAAGUACAAGAAAAAAAUGAAAAUAUUGAAGAUUCUCUAUCAAUUACUUGGGAUGAUUUUAAAACGAAACCAGCUUAUAAAUCAAUUUUAAUUGGUGUUAUUCUAAUGUUUAUAAAUCAAUUUACUGGAUCUUUUGCAAUGCUCAAUUAUACUGCAACAAUAUUUUUGAAAGCUGGUUCAACAUUAUCACCAAAUGCUUCAGCAGCUAUUGUUGGUGCUGUACAAUUUUUAGGAGCAUUUUGUGCAACAGUUUUAAUUGAAAAAUUAGGAAGAAAAAUACUUUUAUUGCUUUCAACAUUCGGUGGUUGUAUUGGUUUAUUAGCAUUAGGGUUAUUCACAAUGCUUGAUAAUAUGGGCUAUGAUGUAUCAUCAUUUAAAUGGAUUCCAAUUGUUAGUUUUUCAGAAAUUUUAUUUGUUGGGUCAUUGGGUGUAUUAACUGUACCAUUUAUAAUAAUUGCUGAAUUGACACCACCAAAAAUUCGAAGUCUUAAUGUUAUGUUUGCAACAUCAUUGUCAUGGAUUUUUGCAUUCCUUAUGGUUAAAUCAUUGCCACUUAUGGUUGAAACUUCUGGAUUACAUGGUACAAUGUUUUUCUUUGCAGCAUGUUCUGUUUUAAGCGGAUUACUUGUACUUAUUUGGGUACCAGAAACAAAAGGUCGAAGUAUAGAAGAAAUAAUGAAAAUUUUAACAAACAUAUUGUCAAUGUCAUAUGGAGCAUUUUGUGGUUGGCCAUCAUCAAGUUUCUUAGUUUUACAAUCAAAAGAUAGUCCAUUAGAUGGUGGUCCAAUGACUGAUGAACAAGCAUCUUGGGUAGGAUCUUUAUUAUGUGUUGGUGGUUUUGUUGGAAAUUAUUUGUUUGGAUGGUUAGCAAAUUUUUAUGGAAGAAAAAUUUCAAUGAUGCUAAUUGUAAUACCAACAUUGAUGAGUUUGGCUUUAAUAAUACUGGCUUCAAGUGUAGAAUAUCUUUAUGUUUCAAGAUUUCUAGGUGGAUUAGCUGGCGGCGCAACUUUUUGUAUAGUUCCAUUAUAUAUUACAGAAAUAUCAGAAGAUAGAAUUCGCGGUCAACUUGGAUCUUAUUUGGUUCUUUCAGCAAAUUUUGGAUUACUUGUUGCAUACGUUUUAGGAUGCUAUAAAUUAAAACAUGAUUAUUUGGAUGAUCCUCAUAAGAGUAAAGGGGAUGAAAAUCAGUUAUCUUGGAAAGAUUUUACAACAAAACCAGCUUUAAAGGCUUUUGUUAUUGGAGUAGCUCUAAUGGCUUUAAAUCAAUUUUGUGGUUGUUUUGCAAUGAUUAAUUAUACAGCAACGAUAUUUGUUAAGGCUGGUUCAACAUUAUCUCCAAAUAUUUCAUCAAUUAUUGUUGCAUUAAUUCAACUUAUUGGAUCAUAUUUCUCGGUUAUUUUAGUUGAAAGAGCUGGAAGAAAAUUAUUAAUUGCUGGUUCUGCAUUUGGUACUGGAAUCGGACAUUUGUGUAUGGGAACUUUUAUAUUAUUAGAUAACAUGCCAGGAUAUGAUGUGUCCGGCUAUAGAUGGGUACCUCUUGCAUGCUUUUCAUUUAUAAUAUUUAUAGUAUCAUGGGGUGUAUCAACAUUACCAUUUUUACUAGUGUCUGAACUUUGUCCUCCAAAAAUUCGUGAAAUAGUUUUAAGUGUUUGUAUUUCAGUAUUAUGGUUUUUCGCGUUUUUCAUAAUUAAGUAUUUAUCGGUCAUUGUUGAUGCCAUGGGUUUACAUGGAGCAUUAUUCAUAUUUUCGGCUUGUUCAUUUACUGGAGGAAUAUUUGUUUUAGCAUUUGUUCCUGAAACAAAAGGAAAAAUAAAUAUAAUCGGAUUGGCUCAUGGUACUACAUUAGGUUGGAUGUCACCGACAAUACUUCUACUUCAUUCUCACAAUUCACCAUUUCCAAAUGAUAUAACAACUGAUGAGGAAUCAUGGAUUGGUUCAAUGGUAAAUAUUGGUGGAUUUGUGGGUACUUUAUUAUUUGGUACAUUAUUUGAGAAAAUGGGAAGAAAAUAUGGUGUGCUCCUACUUGCAGUUCCAGAUUUUUGCGGUUGGAUAACAAUUUAUUUCUCAAGUGAAGUUGAACAUUUAUAUAUUGCACGGUUUUUCGCUGGUUUAACUGGUGGUGCCAUUUAUAUAACUGUUCCUAUAUUUAUUGCUGAAAUAGCUGACAAUAACAUUCGUGGAAUUCUCGGUUCAAUGUUAAUGUUCAUGGUAAAUUUUGGAUUAACAUGUGGAUUUUCAUUGGCAGCUUAUCUUCCAUUUAGGACAGUUCCUUUAAUAACAAUAUGGACAUCACUUAUUUUUAUUGGACUAUUAAUUUUUUUGCCAGAUACACCAAAAUAUUAUUUGUUGAGGGGUAAAGAGAUUGAAGCCGAAAAAUCACUUAAAUUCUAUAAGAACUUUGAAGGGAAUACAGUAGAAGAAUUAGAAAAAUUUAAUAAAGAUUUUCAAGAUCUGAAAGAUUCACUAAAGGGUGGCUCAGUUGAAAUUGAUUCAAAACUUAAAAUAAAAGAUUUCUGGAACCCAGUUGCAGGAAAAGCAUUUUUAGCUAGUAUGAUUAUUAUGGUACAUAGCCAAAUGACCGGUUAUGCAUUUAUCAUAAAUUAUGCUUCAAAAGUAUUUGAUAUGGCUGGAACAUCUUUAGAUCCAAAUUUAUGUACUAUAAUAUUAGGAAUAACACAAAUUUUUGGUAAUUGUUGUGCCACAACAUUAGUCGAUCGUUUCGGUCGAAAACCAUUAUUUAAUAUAUCAUUAUUGGGAAUGUUAGUGGGCUUGUUAACAACUGGACUGUAUGAUUAUUACAGUGGUAGCAUAAAUACAGAUAUUUAUUCUUGGAUUCCAAUUUUAAGUGUUUCAAUUAUUAUAUUUUCAACAUCAAUUGGUGUUACGGCAUUAUUAGGCUUAAUGAUUAUCGAAGUAUUUCCUGGAAAGAUUCGUUCAGUUGCUUCAUUAGGCAGUAUGUUGAUAUUGAAUGGACUUACUUUUAUAACAUUGAAAAUAUUUCCAAUUUUAUUGGAUAUAAUUAAUCUUUAUGGUUUAAUGUGGUUAUGUUCGGGAUUUUGUGUAAGCGGAAUUAUUCUUGUAACAUUGUUUGUACCAGAAACUCGAGGGAAGGCAUUAGCAGAAAAUUCAGAGCAGAGAACUGUUGAAAAUAAUUGUUAAAUUUAUAUGAAAAAUAUUAAUAAAUAGAUUUAAGACUUUAAUUUUAAG